AAAUACGAAUAUACGAUGUAUAUGUAUAUCAUUAAUAUUUAAUAGUAACUUUGUAUAGAGGCGAGUUAUAAUUAUUUUAACAUCAUUUCAUGUGUUAUACAAGUAACAACUAGGUUGCGUAUAUAUCUAGUUGACACAAGUCACAAUACUCACAUAUAAAUUAUAUGGUAAUGAUAAUAAACUUUGUUACAACUAGUAGGUAGGUACUCAAAAUACAGUUUGCAUAAUGAAUAUUUAUGAUAGAAAUAUUAUAACUAUAUUUAAUGGUCGUUAUGGCCGGAUAGAGCCAAAUAGUAAAAUAAUAAAUAUCUAAACGUUUAACGUAAUUAAUUUAGGAACUUUUCUGUUUUACCGCACAUCCAUAUUUAUUGGAACUUUUAUUGUUUUUUUAAAUAUUAAGGUAUGUAGUUAUAAGCAUGUUGAAAAGUAAAAACGAUGGUAAAGUCAGAAUUUGGCGGUCGAAAAGUUAUUGCUAAUUGAAAUUUAUAGUAUUUUCACAUACACUCGCAUGGCGUGGUCACUCGUGCGGACAUUUAGAAUCGAAAACGUCCUCCGACUUGUUAUGUAAAACCUUAAACCACCUUGAGACUUGGGUGGGUCUAGGACUUCAAAUAGGUAUAAGUGUAUAUAACUUCAAAACUAAAUCCGACCGCCAAAUUCUGACUUCACCAUUGUUUUCAGUAUGCUUAACCACAUGCAUCAAACAAACAUUUUUUUUUAAAAAAAGGUGCAUGGUAAAACAUAAAUUUACUUUAAUUUAAUUCACUCGGCCAUGAAUCACAUGAUAAUUUUUCAUUCGUGUGAGAAGUUUUAAAAUCUAACUAAGGCACUGUCUUGUGCUACUGAGGUAUCUUGAGCGCUAUCUGUCUCAGAAAACAAGAGUAAAUAUUGUAGUAUUUUGUAUUGCUUCUACGUUCAAUAUAAUAUUUUAGUUUUAUUCUGUGGUGCAAGUGUUCUACUCGGCACAUUCCCCCCUGUAGCUGUUUGGGCAUGCGCAGUACGACCGCUUAUCAUUAUCAUUGUUAUUGUUGACAACACCAAGACAACGGGUGUACGACUGUACGAGUUUACGACAAGUGUAACGUUUUUUUUUAAAUUUAGGUAUUGUAUAUUGUAUUGUGUUCUCACAAUUUCUCUACCGAAACGUCCGAAACAUAUUUUUUAAAUGCAUUUGAUUUGUAAUAUGAUUAACCGACAUUUAGGUGUUACGCUAAUAAUAUACAUUGUCUAGACUUACUGUUUAAAUUAUAUUAAAUAAUUAAAAUACCUUGUUCCCAUAUCUACGUUUUAAAAUGUCAAAUUAUUCAAAUAUUCCAAACUUACCAACAUAUUCUCAAUUCCGAGCCACGGAAACUUGGCAAGCAUUAGUCGACCAUUUCAGAAGUGGUAUGCCGUUAAAAUCACAUCGGUACCAACUUUGGUUUAGGGACAACUGUUUCACGGGAUUUGAAGCAGUUGAUUGGAUGUACAAUGAAGCGUCUUCUGGGAAAUUACAAUAUUUGUUUAAUAAAGGAGUUACACGUCAACAAAUAGUAGCAUUAAUGAAUAAGUUUUUUGAGGCUGAAAUUUUUAAAGCAGUUAGUACAACAUCAACAAAAUUUAAGGACAAGUCAGAAUUAUAUGAAUUUGCAUUGCCAAAGAAUAUGAACAAAACAAUCAGUAAAGGAUCUGUAUUAUCUUCAUUAAAUGUAUUCCUUAUGAAUAAACCUCAAUCAUUGUCUCCUCAACCCAAAAGAAGUGAAAAAGUUAUUUGUAGUCAUAGAAUGAAGUCUUAUUCAAUGGAAAAUGUUGCAAUGAACACAUAUUUAAAUGAAAAUCAUAAAAUAGCUAAUUUCAUUAUACAAAACUUGCAGAAUAUACUUAAAAGUUUUAAUAUGGAUGAUUUUUUAAAUACCGAAAAUUUAAAUAAGCAGUGGAUAAUCAUGAAUAUUUAUAAUCAAGAUUAUAAUGUUGAUGGUUUAUUUCCUAAUUGGGUAAAGUCUGCAAUGGAUAGCUUAACAUCUGAUAUGGAAAUUAAUGAGUGUACUUAUCCUGGAUUUAAAGCCGAUGUUUAUACUGUAAUCAAGGAUUAUUUUUUAAACUCAGAGGAACCUCUGAUUCCGAUAUCUUUUUAUGAGAUAUUUAUUUCUAUUUUGGUUGUGGUUGAAAGGUAUGAUCAUAUGUGUAAUAAGAAUCUAAAGCAUACAGAAAAUAAUAAUUCAACUCAAUUAUCAACAAACAUGUGCUGGGAAACUGAAUUUUCUACCGAUCACUCAAAAACAUGUAUUGUUAAUAAGUGUUUUGAUAUUUCCGGACAGCAAGUAUCAUCACUUUCCAGAUCUUCUGUCAGUAGUUGUAGCAGUACAUCAUUUUUUGAAUCAUGUGAAAUAGAACAAAGUAAAAUGGAACAUAAACCAUUAAAUAUUUCACAUAAAUAUUCAAAGCCAAAGUUAACUCGAACAAUCAGUUCACCAGAAAUAUCUAUAAAAUCACAAUCAUAUUAUCAAAGAAAUAUGGAAAAAAUAAGGAAGAGGAAAAUUGGUCGCACAAUAUCUAAUAACUCAAUUAAUCCAAAGAAUUUAAACGAACUUGAUGAAAGCUUCUAUUCAGACGAGUAUGGUUUUAAAAAUAAACCAUUGGAAAAUAAUAAAUUUGUUUGUCCAUCUACUUCUGGAUAUGUUAAUUUUGGUCUUUUUCAAUCUGAAAAAAUUAGUAAUGAUGAUACCAAUGGAUUUGAUUUAGAUAUGGCAAUUUCUACUCUUCAUAAACUAAUUGAUAUAACACAAAUGGACCACACACAAAUUCUUAAAGAUCAAUCAUUUAAUGGUUUGAAUGAAAAAUCUUUACAUUUGGGAAUUCUUUUAUAUCAAUUACUAAGUCUAUGUCUUCCACCAUUGAAUAGAGCAAAAUUACAAGUAUUUUUAAAGUUUGUUUCUCAUCUAUCUUCAACUUACACUAAGAUAACUGAUAAAUUAUUUUGUGCAGUAUUGAGACAAAAUAUUAAUCAAUUUGAAUAUGACUGUUUAGCUACUGAUGUUGUCAAAUUUUUGCUUCACAGUCAAAAGUUAAUAUUUUUACCUAUUAAAACUGAUUCAAUUUUAUCAGAAAAGUUCAAUUCUUUUAGUAAUGAUGAUAAAUUGUUUAAGGAUAGUAUGCACUAUUGUCUUAGAAUAUCAGACAAAGAAUUUGAAAAACAAAGAAGCACUGAAUCUAAAGAAGCCCUUAUUGAAUUGUUGGAUCAAAUCAUAAGUAGUACAUCAAUGUCUAAUAAAGAAAAGAGUAAACGUAUAAAAUUAUUUCAAAAAAUGUACCCUGAUGUUUAUCAAAAAAGAUCUACACUCCUAGAACAACGUAAAAAACGGAAUACUGUAUUAAAUGAACUUAAAAUUAAAAAUCUACGAAUUUAAAUAUUUAAUUAUUAAAUUAAAUACUACUUAUUAUUAUUACUAUUAUUUUAAAUGUUUGAAAAUUAUUUUUUUAUUAUGUAAAAAGUAUUUUAAGAAUGGAUCUUCCAUAUUAUCCAAAAGAAAUUGUAACUUUAUUUUUGAAAAAAUAUAACCAGAUCUGGUCCUUAUUAAGGACCCUACUUAAUGUACUUUUUCUGUAUAAUAAAGUGGUGCUUAUGUAUUUGUAAAAUA